UUGCAACACGAACAUUUCCACACUUGUGCGGUUUGUCAACGGUCUAUUCUACUAGUCGUCGUAACCUAUGUUGAUAGUCUACCACCAACCCAAUUUCAUUCAUUUGGGCCCGUUGAGAGGCACAAGGGUUCUGUUGCUACUAGUAGGCUACAUACAAACGUUGCGUUGCAGGAAGAGGACGGCUCUUUUUUAAAAGCAGUGUCUCUUGACGCUUUUGUUCCGUGUUUAAAAAAAAAAUGUAUGUCUGAUCUAUUCGUCUCUUGGGUGGGUGGUGUCACAGUAGUACUACAAUGAUCGAACGACCAGAAUCUGCAGUUGCCAGCAUUGCACAGAGGAAUCUGGAGGGGUAUGUGGGGUUCGCCAACCUCCCAAACCAGGUGUACAGGAAGUCAGUGAAGAGGGGCUUUGAGUUCACACUAAUGGUUGUUGGUGAGUCAGGAUUGGGGAAAUCCACGCUCAUCAACUCCCUUUUCCUGACUGACCUGUACUCCAAGGAUUACCCAGGGCCAUCCCUACGGAUCAAGAAGACUGUUCAGGUGGAGCAGUCCAAGGUUCUGGUGAAGGAAGGGGGUGUCCAACUCACUCUCACCAUCGUCGAUACACCAGGGUUCGGAGAUGCAGUGGAUAAUAGUAACUGCUGGCAGCCUGUCAUUAACUACAUUGACAGUAAGUGUGAGGACUUCCUGAAUGCGGAGUCCAGGGUGAACCGAAGACUGAUGCCAGACAACAGGGUUCACUGCUGCCUGUACUUCAUCGCCCCCUCUGGCCAUGGGCUAAAGCCCCUGGACAUUGAGUUUAUGAAGCGUCUCCAUGACAAGGUCAACGUGAUCCCUCUCAUCGCCAAGGCAGACACCCUGACACCUGAGGAAUGCCAGCUAUUCAAGAAACAGAUCAUGAAGGAAAUCCAAGAACACAAGAUCCAGAUCUACGAGUUUCCUGACAUAGAGGACGAUGAGGACAGCAAGCUUAUCCGGAAGAUCAAGGAGCGGAUGCCUCUGGCAGUGGUUGGCAGCAAUGUGGUGAUCGAAGUCAACGGCAAGAAGGUCAGAGGUCGUCAGUACCCCUGGGGCGUGGCAGAAGUGGAGAACGGGGAGCACUGUGACUUUACUGUCUUACGGAACAUGCUGAUCAGGACCCAUAUGCAAGAUCUGAAGGAUGUGACUAACAACGUCCACUAUGAGAACUACCGCAGCAGGAAGCUUGCUGCCGUCACCUGCAAUGGAGGAGUGGACACCAGCAAGACCAAGAACCAAAUGACCAGGAGCCCCCUGGCCCAGAUGGAGGAGGAGCGGAGGGAACAUGUCAUGAAGAUGAAGAAGAUGGAGACUGAGAUGGAGCAGGUGUUUGAGAUGAAGGUCAAGGAGAAGAAACAGAAACUGAAGGACUCUGAGGCCGAGCUGGAGCGACGCCACGAGCAGAUGAAAAAGAACUUGGAGGCUCAGUAUAAGGAACUGGAGGAGAAGAAGCGUCACCAUGAGGAAGAGAAGUCAAACUGGGAGGCACAGCAACGUAUACUGGAGCAGCAGAAACUUGACGCUUCUAAGACCAUGGAAAAGAACAAAAAGAAAGGAAAAAUAUUUUAAGAGUUGAACCUAUUCCUCCAAUGAAAUAUUACAAACUUGUUUUUACAUCCUUUUAGAUGGUCACACGAUCUGUAACCCGCAAACCACACCACACACACACACACACACACAUAUUGUACUAUAGUAGACAUUCCAUACCAACAUUCCAAAUGUAUGUUUCUCUUGUAGUACAUGUCAGACAUGGACCUCACACAUCACUAACUCACUCUCAUACAGUACAUACAAUACACCCCAAUUACUCACUCUCAUACAGUACACCCCAAUUACUCACUCUCAUACAGUACAUACAAUACACCCCAAUUACUCACUCUCAUACAGUACAUACAACACACCCCAAUUACUCACUCUCAUACAGUACAUACAACACACCCCAAUUACUCACUCUCAUACAGUACAUACAACACACCCCAAUUACUCACUCUCAUACAGUACAUACAACACACCCCAAUUACUCACUCUCAUACAGUACAUACAACACACCCCAAUUACUCACUCUCAUACAGUACAUACAAUACACCCCAAUUACUCACUCUCAUACAGUACAUACAAUACACCCCAAUUACUCACUCUCAUACAGUACAUACAAUACACCCCAAUUACUCACUCUCAUACAGUACAUACAACACACCCCAAUUACUCACUCUCAUACAGUACAUACAACACACCCCAAUUACUCACUCUCAUACAGUACAUACAACACACCCCAAUUACUCACUCUCAUACAGUACAUACAACACACCCCAAUUACUCACUCUCAUACAGUACAUACAACACACACACAGCCACAUCGCUCUCUUGGAGUCUCUGCCAAAACCUUAACCUUUUUAUGUGGGAAUGCAUGUGAAUGUGAAAGUCAAUGCCUAUUCUUGACAUGGAGGAAAUGAUGUCCCUCUGAUCUGAGUUUUACACAUGGCAGGCACCAUGCAUAGUCAUCCUUUACACAAGUGUACUACAGACUGUUUUCUAGAUGCUGCUCUGGCCACUUAACUCGCCUGUUUCUUCCAGUACAGGCAGCUCAAGUCUUAGACUAUUCGCAAGCACACUCUAUUGUGACAUGUGUAAACACAUAAUCAUAUACAGUCUGAAAUUCCCCGAACACCUGGUACAUGUGCAUGUUAAACACCACACUUUGGAGUGUGUGUCCAGGGGGGGACAAUGUAGGUGGUCAUUAAGGGUUUGAGUCAGGUCAGAGAGUAUAAGAAAAAAGGAAAAUAAUUGUGUGGAAUGAUGACAGUGAAAAGUCAAGAUGAAUAUGCCAGGUUCAGGAAAAGGGAUGACCUAUCUCGUGUGUGUGUGUGUGUGUGUGUGUGCCUCCGAUUUUUACUAAUAGAACACACAUGUAACGUUAACAGGAAAAUUGUCAGUGUUAUAGCAACAUUAUCUGGAUACUGAAGUAGAUAAUCAUUUCCCUAUUAUAUAGAUGAUAUUACACAAAUCGCAUGGGUGUCUAAAACAAUGAUAACCGUGACAAUGUUUUAUGUGAAGUGAUGGAUUUUGUGGAAGCCCUGAACCUAAAGCCCUAUCUAUCCCUUGUCCUCUCUCUCCCCGUCUCGUCCUCUCUCUCUCCCCGUCUCGUCCUCUCUCUCUCUCUCCCCGUCUCGUCCCUCUCUCUCUCUCCCCGUCUCGUCCUCUCUCUCUCUCUCCCCGUCUCGUCCUCUCUCUCUCUCUCCCCGUCUCGUCCUCUCUCUCUCUCUCCCCGUCUCGUCCUCUCUCUCUCUCUCCCCGUCUCGUCCUCUCUCUCUCUCUCCCCAUCCUCUCUCUCUCCCCGUCUCGUCCUCUGUUCUAAAGACUGUGCUGAAACCUCUAUAUGCAUGGGUUUGUCCCAAACGCAUGGUGAGACUAACACUAAGCCACACUGUGUGACACCUCAAAGCCCUUACCUCUCUGAGGAUCGUCAAGUUUUAUUUUAAUAUAUAAUGUAUGGUUGGAGAACUAAGAUUUCUUAAACCCAGUAGGAUCAUUACAGUAAGUGGUUCAUAAGCCAAUAUUUUAGCCUAGUCUUGAUUUUACAAACCUGUAGAAUCUUAACAGAUGCAUCGAAGCCAUGCAAAAGGGACCGACGCAGACAACACACAUCUAGUAUCUAACCCCUGUACUUCUUCUCUGGUUUACAUUCAUAAUGGAAAUGACUCAAUUGUUAUAUAAUUCACAACUGAACACAAACUCAAAAUCACUGUGAAUUAACAGAGGACAACCUUUGACCCAACCUACACUGGUCAGUAAAAGGCUCAGUUGAGCGAAGUUCUGAAACAAACCUUUUUUAAAUAGUACUUUAACCAAUCCCUUAUCCUAGAAACCCCCCACCAAGGUAGUCAUAACUUUAGGAGGAGUUUGGUUUUUUUGUAUUGUUUUUUUAUAUGUACACUGUUUUCAGCUUUAUUUGGUUCUUCAUUUUAUCAUCUGUUCUCUAUCUAACUGUACAUUAUUAUAUUAAAGAUGAGACUUAUGUUUAA